UUGACACGACCCAGGGUCCAAUUGCAGUGUGGACGUUUGGCUGUCGUACCUGUCACCCGCUUCGGUCCGUGGUCAUGUUGUCAUAAGUCAGGGGCGGCGGCGAUCUCCUCGGCUCACGCGACGACAGGCACGACAUGCCUUUCCGCUUUAGGGAGGUAGAGCAGCCCUGGGCACGUGCUCAUCUAACAUCGCCGCAUCUCGUCUGGUGUUUGGUUGCAGUACCUGGAGCUGUAUCGGAACCCGACCACAAGAAGAAGUUGGCUAUAUUGUUCAUGUCCACAAACGGCAGGAUACGCUAUUUGUCUUUGUUCAAGCAAAGCAGCUGGUGGCGACUUGUUAUCAUCGUCUUGGGGUUGGCCCAGCCCUGCAUAUUACAUACAUACUGACAGUACACCCUCA